AGGACAAGACCCCAGCAAGGGGGCCAAGAUUGGUUCAUGAAACUUCCAUUCACCUCGGUAGUGUUGAUGGUCUUGCAAGCUCGUCGUGUCAUCUUGGGACCUGAAGCUCUGGUCGAGUCGAUUGCAUCGAGAAGACAUUCCAACCGCAGCGGUGACACUAUCGCAUGAUUCCCUUGGAGCGGUCUGGUUCUCAAGCAAGGACCAAGUCGUCGAAUUCUUGGAACGACUCGAACUCUUCAAGAAGUGCCACCGAGAUUGCGCUUCCCAGUAACGAGGAUUUCCAUGCAGCUCGAAGUUGCACUCCACCGCAAUCGGCGGUUGAAGCUAUGCUGCCCAGAUGAGGUACCCAUUGUCAUUUGCCUGCAGCGGACAUUGCUGGUCCGUCCAAGCUUUAAGCUGUUGUAAGGGCGAUUUCUGAUUUGCUGCACGAAAUUUGACGGUGGUUAAGCGGGCCGCGGCUUUGGCGCGGUCUCGAGUGACAUCCCUGACUCUCCCCCCUCGGUGAGAUAAACAGUGGAUCUGGACAUGCGCCAGCCUUGCAUGGCUCGAAAGCCGUUUGCGAUGGUUUACCCUUCGUCAACAGGCCAAUUUGCACUCGAGCUUCGUUUGGGCCUUCGAUCUGCGCUCUCCUUUACCCUCUUCACCUCUUUGAGUUGAGUAAAACUCGUCCACUCCUUUCUGGUGUCUCUGUUUCUCUCGUCGUCGCUGGACUUGUCGUCGUCGAUCUGGUGUUUUGCUAUUGCGCAAAUCUGCUCUGCGAGCACCCACGUUCUUUACAACAACCACUGACCCUAGUCGCUCAUUCCGAGUCCACCACGGCGAUCGCCAACCCGAUACUCACGCCCCCUCAGAGACUUUGCAGUAAAACUUCUGUCGAUUAUCUUGGUACACUCACUCAAUGCGCAAACGAACCUUCACGUCGAGCGCAACGGCGCUGCUGCUUCUCACGGCUUCCGUGGUCAGCGCAAAGCAUGGUGUUCACGAUCAUCUCGAAUCGCUUCACAAACGACACCGCGCCAACCGCCAGUUGGAUGCGCGAUCAACCGCUGAGAAUGGCGCACACGGUGUUGAACUGAGGUCGACCGCGGAGACAACAUCCAAGGCACCGAUUGAGAAGCGAGGUGGACAAUGCGCCUUUCCCACAGAUGCUGGUUUGGUCGCAGUGACUCCAGGAGAACAGAAUGCAGGGUGGGCUAUGAGCCCUAACCAGCCUUGUACGCCUGGAAACUACUGUCCAUACGCUUGCCCACCAGGUCAAGUUAUGAUGCAGUGGGAUCCCAGUGCGACAUCAUAUUCGUAUCCAAAGUCAAUGAACGGCGGUUUGUAUUGCGACGACAAUGGCAACAUUCAGAAGCCCUUCCCAGACAAACCAUAUUGCCAAUCUACCGCCACCAACAUUGGUGUACAGAACAACGCGGGCGGUGUCGUAUCUUUCUGUCAGACCGUGCUUCCUGGCAAUGAAGCCAUGCUUAUCCCAACUUCCGUGACCGAUUUUGCCACUCUCGCUGUUCCGGGCACCAACUACUGGUGUGGGACUGCAGCUCACUACUACAUCAAUCCUCCUGGAAUCGACACUGACACGGCCUGUGUCUGGGGUACGCACGCCAACCCUUUCGGUAACUGGUCCCCCUACGUGGCUGGUGCCAAUGUCGAUAAUUCUGGAAACACAUUUAUCAAGCUGGGGUGGAACCCGAUCUAUCUCGAGCCGGCCACACCUUUCCGCAAUAACAUGCCAGACUGGGGUGUAAAGAUCGAUUGUCCCAAUGGCGGCUGCCACGGCCUUCCCUGCUCGAUUGAUCCUAGCCAGAACCAGGUCAACCAGAUGAUCGGCAGUGCCACCGAUGGCGCCGGUGGUGGCGCAUUUUGCGUGGUCACCGUAGACCAGGGAGCAACCGCAAACUUUGUCGUAUUCAACACGGGAGGUUCGCAGACCGACAACAACAGCGGCGGCAGUAGCAGCAGCAGCAGCAGCAACAGCGGGGGCCCUUCAAGUGGCUGGAACAAGGGUGGUCAGUUCUACCAGUCGACCAGCGUUGCGGCAACAACGACUAGCAGCUCGACAUCAUCCAGCACCACAACCUCGGAAUCUAGCACUACCAGCGCCUGGACAUCGUCCUCUACCACCACAAGCUCGACGAACGCCCGGGCCUCGACGUCUGCCAGCAGCACCUGGCACUCCAGAGCGCCGACGCACUCGCCCUACUAUUCCAUGUUCAACUCAACAACGCCGACGGGGAGCCAUGGCCACAGCUCCGCCGAAGCCACCGCCACUCCCGCCGGACCCAGCUCGUCAGCUCAACCUUCGGUGCUAUCAGCAACCGGAGCUGCCUCGUCAAUCCAGAUUUCUUCUGUUGUUGGCCUACUCUCCGCUCUGGCCUUUUACGCCGUGGCAGCAUUGUAAAGCUCUGUUAACCCACACCGUGUUGUUUGCAGAAGAGGCGUUUGUAUUCCGAGCAGUAAUGUGGUUCUCGGAGCCGCCUCUAGCGCAGCUGGACUUGCAAAGUGAACACUUUUGGUUAUACUCCGAUGUGUACGGAGAGGAGUAGCUAUCAAUAUCGAUAUCUAUGUCGGGCUGGACCACCUUUUGGGAACCGAUGUUUUUUUUUGUUUUCAACUUUUACAAACGUCGAUACCCAUUUUGUUGUUGGAGAUAUUGUUGCCUUUUUGGAAAUAACAACCAGCCAACCUUUUGUUUCCUCUGUUCAGGAGAGAGGAAACCCAUUCUGGUAAUGCCGGCUACAGAAGUUUAUGUUUUUGUUCGAGCACAUGGUCAUUUUCAUUCCACAUCCACCCGCACACACUCAUCUUUGAUUAUUCUUGUGGAUAAAAAGUCGACUACAUAGGGGAAAUUCGAGCCAGAGGAGGGGAAUUUUUUCCUGUUGAUGUACCCCGGAGUAUUUGUCCCCCCCGGUGAGGAGGAGGGUUCAUGUAUGUUGUUUGAAGGCCUUGUUGGAUUCUGUUUUUGGUUUCCUAACGAUAUCCACGUUUGGGUUUUAUUUUGGAGGAGAGAUGACAAGAAGUGAGUGAUAGUAGGCACGUUUUGAGGGAGGGUACAUAUGGAGUAUAUAUAUAUAUACAGACAGUACACUACGAGUACUUUUAGCUAAGGUAGUUGAAUUGUAAUGUAAAAUAUUGCAAUACUUUUUA